GGAGAUGUCCGGGGGAGUUUGGGAGAGAUAGAGACGCAUUUGGACGCAACCCAGACGCAUUCGAAAUGGUUCGAAGGGCGCUUGCGCCUUCGAAGGUAUUGGGGUGGCGUAGUUGACUACCUCGGGAGUUGUCGGUAGGCGAUACGAGGAUGGCUGUCGCCCUCGGCGACAAACGCGAUGCGAAACUGGCCGAACGCGGCGAGCGGUAUAAUAUCGCGUUGGUGCUCGAUAGAGGAGAGCCCGAUAGCACCCGAACGUCGAAGGUUUCGACGCGUACACGGUCUGCAAUUACCUUUGCAUCCACAACAAGUGGCCGGUUGGGCGAUAUCAUUGUUCAUCGGUAGCGGCACCUUCGCCGUGUCGACGCCUUUGCUCGAACCAUUUGGUUUGCGUCCUCUUCUUUCGAUCUUCCUGGCCACCAUCUUCUUCGUUCACCUGCUUUUUCAUCUCGCUGUUCUUCUUCUCGAUCCGGCUGAUCCGAGAGUAAGAGCGAGACCAACGAAUCUCGUAGUGCCUGAAUUCGAUCGUAAGAAACAUCCUCACGUUAUCGAGAACGGUCGGUGUCAUCUCUGUAACAUUACAACCAGCGGUGACAGAACGAAACAUUGUUCGAUCUGCAACAAGUGCGUAGUACGAUUCGAUCAUCACUGCAAGUGGUUGAACAAUUGCAUAGGUGCUAGGAAUUACCCUUUAUUCUUAGCCUGCCUGAUAUCGGCUAUACUGGCUUCUCUCUCAGUGGUAGCCUUAUCCAUCGCCGAGUUAUUCCUAUUCAACGUCCAUCGAGAAGUUCGCCGCUCGAAUGCGACGAUGGAGAACGUUACUAGUUUACCUUCGACCGUUUUCCCAAUACAACAACCACCCGGUACCGGCACGCUUCUUGUCAUCCUGACGUUAGGCAUACUCUCGGCAGUAGCGGCCAUUCUCUUGAUACAUCUCUGUUUCUUCCAUGGUUACAUAGCCUAUCUCGGCUUAACUACCUACGAGUACGUCAGGAAUAAGAGAGAAAGAAAAUUGGAGGUCGGUAAAACUAACUUAACAUCGAAUACCACCAGCUGUCCUUCCUUUUGCGCUAGAGUCAAUGUACCCUCGAGAUAUCGUUUCUGUGAUUCACGCGUAGACGCCUCGAUGGAGGUCGUCUCGCGUGAAAGAAACGGUACGAAGGAAUAUCCGGAGUAUGGGAUCGAUCGACCAGAGGAUAUGCCUUCGGGACGAGAUCGAAAAAACAACUUUCGUCUCUGCUUCACUUACGAGACCAAUUCUAACGGUGCUUCGAUCGAGCUAUCCUCUCGAUCGACUCUUGGCGAGGACAACGAUGAAAAGCAAAUUCACAGUAACAAUUCUUCUUCUUGGACCGGAAACGUCGCAAUUGCCGUCGCCGAAUCGCCAGAUUUCAAAUCGUCCACUCCUUCGCCCGUCUCUUGCUGUUUCUCCAUCGUAAAUCCGAUCUCUUCGGCGAGACUCGAACGUAAUAAGCAAACUCGAUCGAGGAGGUGUCCCAAGGAUAAUACAGAGACUGCUGGUACUAGUAUUACAUCUAGGGAAAGACGGACAUGUGGUACGAUCGGAAGAAUAAGAACUUUUCUUCGAACGCGUUUCAAAAAGAACUCUCGUCAACGAUCUAUUAACGCGGAAACUGCGGAUAAAACGAAAAGAAGGAACAGAGUAGCACCCUCCGUCGAUCGCGAAGAAGGCAACGUGGCUGAAACGAGCGUAUCAACGUUCGAAAAUCGACUCGAAAAUGAAAACCAUGCGAGGGAGGAAUCUUCUUCUGUUUCGUCAUCUCGUCCUCCCAAUAAAUUACCACCUUUGGAUCUAAGAACAGCCAGAAUUUCGUCGAUCGACGAGAUCGUUACCGAUGAAAUCGGUCCUGAUCUGAUACCUGUGCCUCCUUCAACAGUGACGGCGAUUGUAACAUCGCCAACGGUAGUACCACCUCCGAUGAGAACGAUACCAUCUAUCUCCAAGAGGAAUCAAUCUCAUCUUCGAGCUCGAAGAUCCUCCCUUCGGAAAAGGCCAAGAUUUAAAAUGGGUCCUCGGCUUGCUCAAUCCGCUCAAUUAUCGCCCAUUCCAGAAUCAGAAUUCUCCAAACCGGCUUCUCCGCGUUCUCCACCUCAAUCAAAUCAUUUUGCCUUUCCGCCGUUACAAAAUAUGAAUAUGAGCGAGAACGAUGGAAGUUCGACAAAAUCCGAGAAGAUAAAUGUUUGGAAGGAUGUCCUUGGCUCUCCGAGAUACGUUGUUGCACCGAUGGUCGAUGCAAGCGAGUUGGCAUGGAGACUGCUUUCUCGACGUCACGGGGCGCAACUAUGUUACACGCCCAUGCUGCAUUCUUCGGUUUUUUUAAGAGAUCCAAAAUAUAGGAAAGAAGCCCUUACCAGUAUACCGGAGGAUCGACCCUUGGUUGUGCAGUUCUGUGGCAACGAUCCAAACACUUUGCUAGAAGCAGCGCUUUUGGCAGAACCGUACUGCAAUGCCAUAGACAUUAAUAUCGGUUGUCCUCAAGCGAUCGCAAAGCGUGGACGCUAUGGUGCUUUCUUGCAGGACGACUGGGACCUUCUUCGAGCGAUCGUCAAUACGGUGAGCACGGGACUUCGCAUCCCUCUUACUUGCAAACUACGAGUAUUUCCGGAUAUAGAUAAGACGAUCGAAUAUGCUCGAAUGCUCGAAAAUGCUGGUGCUAGUAUGCUUACUGUACACGGUCGUACGAGGGAUCAGAAGGGUCCUCUAACGGGAUUAGCAUCUUGGAGUCACAUUAAAGCCGUUAGAGAAGCUGUUAAAAUACCAGUGUUGGCAAACGGCAAUAUACAGUGUCUGCAAGACAUCGAUAGGUGUAUUUCGGAAACCGGCGUCCAAGGAGUUAUGACAGCGGUAGGCAAUCUUUACAAUCCAUGUAUAUUCGAAUCUUGUUAUCCACCUUGUUGGGAACCGGCCUUGGAAUAUUUAGACCUCGUAGAAAUUCAUCCGGCACCAGCUUCUUACAUACGAGGCCAUUUGUUCAAACUAUUCCAACGCAUACUUUGUUUAGCAGAAAACAAAGAAGAAAGGGAUAACCUGGCUACGAAUUCCACCAUGGAAUCGUUCAGACGAGUUGUCGAAAAUGUGAGGGAUCGGUAUCAGCCGUAUCACGAGGGCAAUCGGUUAUGGUGCGAAGAAAAAAGUGAUUACAACUUGAACUUACCUCCAUGGUUAUGCCAGUCCUAUGUACGUGAUUCACCACAGGAACAUAUAGACAAAAUAGAGGCAAAGAAAAUGGAAAUGAAAAAUGUAUCUGUGAAAAGAAAAUACGAGGAUGAGGAAGGAAAUCAAAUAUCGCAUAAACAUUUCAAAAAAUUACGACGAAUAACGCUGCGUCCGUAUAGGUCAACUACUCUUUGCCAGGGUUGCCCAAAUCCUGUGGGUUUCAAAUGUGAUCACAAGUUAUGUCGCCAAUGCUGUAGAAAGAAAUGCUUUACGGAAAAGUUGAUCUGUGUCGGGCAUAGAAAUUCUGAAUCAAAAAGAUAAAUGGCAAUAGAGUAUGAUGCACAAUGACAGAAUGUUCAAAAUAUGAAAUGGCAUUGUGGCGCUUUGAUCACUGGAUUUUGGCUCAUGGUCCUAUUUCCUCUUAAAUUAUAUACAGAAUAA